GGGGGCAGCGAGUAGGGAGCAGCCCACCACCCGCCAGCUCCUCACCUCAGCACUCUGUACGGCUUGGUGGAGAGGUCCAGGUCAAACCACACCAGCUUGCUGUCGUAGCUGCCACAGAUGACGUUGUCGCCUGGGGAAAGAGGCGGUGGUAGGGACCUGGUGGCCCCCUCACCUGCCCCCCCCCCAACCAGGGCGGCCCCUCACCUGCCGGGUGCACUGCCAGGCUGGACACCCACUUGCAGUUGGGCGUCAGCUUCUUGGUGAGCUCCUGGCGCAGCAGGUGGUAGAGGCGGACGCUGCGCUGGGAAGCCACGAGCAGAAAGGGCCGCACGGGGUGGAAGGCCACGCACUGCACCUGACCGCGGCCGCGGCGGAAAGGGCUCUGGCUGCGGCGCCGGCUCAACUGGUGGAUUAGCACCUGGGUGUGGCCCGGGGUGGCCAGCACCACAGCCAUGUAGUCCCCACGACCGUGCCAGGUCACCUGCGUCACAGGCUGCAGGAAGGCGAGGUGGGCUGAGCCGCCCCGCCCCUCCCCCCGCCCUCCCCUCCCCCCGCCCUCCCCUCCCCCCGCCCUCCCCUCCCCCCGCCCUCCCCCAUAGCCCCCACACCUUGCCGUGGCAGAUGCGCAGCCGCAGGCCGCCCCGGCGCUCCUCCUCUGAGGCUUCCAGCCAGUGGGCGGGCUGCGCAGCGGGCUCCGCGGGCGGGGUGAAGGCGCUCAGCAGCUGGUCCGUGCUGCCCACCACCAGCCGGUCCCCAAGGGCCGGGUUCAGCAGCAGCACUGUGUCCUCCCUGCGGCCAGAGCCCGGUGAAGGCCCCCAGGCAUAGGACCGCCCCCGCCUGCCCGGGCACCCCGGGCCUCAUACUCACACUGCCACGGCCACCAGGCAGACGGUAGGGCAGGGGUUCCAGGCGACACUCUUCACCACGCCCCCCGCGGGCACAGUCCUCACGCAGCGGGCGGAGGCCACCUCCCAGAGCCGCACCGAGCCAUCGUCUGAGCCUGGGCACAGCGGAUGGGGUCUCAGCACCCGGCCCCCAGCCCAGCCCCCACGGCAGGGCUGCCCCACCCGAGGCCCACCUGAUGCCAGCCACUGGCCACCCGGGGAGACACUGAGGCAGCGGACGAGGUCGCUGUGGCCCCUGUAGACCUGCAGAGAAGGGGCGGUGAGGGACGGAGCCCCGGAGCUGUGUGCUCCCGGCCGCCCCGCCCUGUCUGCUCACCAGGGCCUGGCACGUGGGGAAAGGCUGCAGGUCGCGUGGCCGGGGCAGUCUGGGGAUGAGGUCCUCAGGGUCCACGUUCACCUGGGAGAGGAGCACGCGGGGUCAGCUGCGUCCACCCCCCACUCCCCGCCCCCGCCCGGGAGCCCCUCCCCCCCGCACACCCUCAUCUUGCGCUGCCGUGGGCACAGGUAGAGGUCAAGGCAGCGCUCGAAGCGCUCCUGGAGGAAGCGGCCGUACGCGGGCACAGCCCGCAGGCUCGGGAACCGGCGCGGCAGGAAGUGGAGGCUCCUCUCGUCGGGCUUUCGCUGCUCCCAGGCCAUGCGCUGUGAAGGCAGGAGGACGGGAUAAAGCUGCGCUUGUCAGCAGGCCGGUUGGUCACCGGGUGCAUCAUGACGUCCCCACUGAAGAAGUCCACAGCCGGCUGGGGGGAUGAGCACAGGGGUGUGGGCCCGGGUCCUGCAGGUGCCCCCAGACCCUGGGGCCAGCGGCUGCCCCUUACCUCGUACGGGUUGAAGCUCACAUCCCCAAACUGGCCCCUCUGCAGUCGCCGCACCAGGGCCACCUGUUCAUCUGUCAGCUGCACGCUGUGCCCCGUCAUCCGGUCCUGCACCGUACGCCUAGGGGCUGCCCGUCAGAGCCGAGGCCCCGCCCCAGCCCGCCCCGCCCCAGCCCGCCGGCCCUGUCCCACCCCACAGUCCCCGCCCCACGCCCGCACCAGUAGUCAGGGUUGUCCAUCUUGUCCAGAAACUGGUCCAGCUCGUCAGGGGUGCGCAGGGGCUUAUAGAUGCGCCUGCCGUCCAGGUCGUAGCCCACGUGGGGGAAGUCAUCGUACCACUCCAAGGGCACAUUGCCCACCGUGUUCCGGAUGUCCUGGGGCAGGAGGCCAGCGUAUCAGCACUGGACACCCACUGGGCCCACCCGUCCCUCCAAACCCCCCAAAAGAUACAGACGAGGGGGAAAGCCCGGGACGCACACGUGCGCGCGGCGCCGCAGCCGCCACCGCGGGAGCCCUGAGACCCCGCGCCCUCCUGGCCUGGGCGGCGGCGGCGGCGGCGGCAUGCACGGCGCGCGGCGGAGCUGACGGCGGCCGCCGGCCCCAUGUCUUUCGCGAUGCUGCGCUCGGCACCGCCCGGCCGCUACCUGUACCCCGAGGUGAGCCCGCUGUCGGAGGACGAGGACCGCGGCAGCGAGAGUUCGGGCUCCGACGAGAAGCCCUGCCGCGUGCACGCGGCGCGCUGCGGCCUCCAGGGCGCCCGGAGACGGGCCGGGGGCCGGCGGGCGGGGGGCGGCGGCCCGGGGCCUGGGGGGCGGCCGGGCCGCGAGCCCCGACAGCGGCACACGGCGAACGCGCGCGAGCGGGACCGGACGAACAGCGUGAACACGGCCUUCACGGCGCUGCGCACGCUCAUCCCCACCGAGCCGGCCGACCGCAAGCUCUCCAAGAUCGAGACCCUGCGCCUGGCCUCCAGCUACAUCUCGCACCUGGGCAACGUGUUGCUGGUGGGUGAGGCCUGCGGCGACGGGCAACCCUGCCACUCGGGGCCCGCCUUCUUCCACGCGGCGCGCUCGGGCAGCCCUCCACCCCCGCCGCCGCCCCCGCCCCCUGCCCGCGACGGCGAGAACGCCCAGCCCAAACAGAUCUGCACCUUCUGCCUCAGCAACCAGAGAAAGUUGAGCAAGGACCGAGACAGAAAGACGGCGAUUCGGAGUUAGAGGCGGAUGCUGCUGGGCCAUCCACGGAGAGCCCCCAUGGACCUGACUCGGGCACAGGCCUCCCUGAGGGCACCCCCCAGGCCAGCCCUGCCCCAGCUGUGAGCAGGGCCGAUGGACAGACAGGCGGUGGGACUCGGAGCUGGCCCAGCACUUGCCCAGCCCCACUGGAACUUUCCGUGCUGGCUCCCAACCUGGUUUUCUUCUGGUCACUAUGUGCUGGCAUCUUGUGUCUUUGAUAUGAUAAUAUAAAGUCUGGAAACUUUGUAUAAUUAAAAAC